CCCACCACCAUCGCUGCUGCUCACCAUGUCCCAGCUCCCGCUCCAUGAUGACAGGCCCGGUGUCAAAAUUACCUUCGCAGGUGCUCCUCUAGCCACCGUUCUUCGCCCCAUGAGAUACAGAUGUACCGGAGUUGACGAAAAUUCGUUCAACGUGCCACCCGCAGCCCUAAUCACCGCCUUGCCCUUCGUCCGCGGUAAGACCAUUCCUUACGACCGAUACACCACCUUCUGUCGGGAAUGGUUCUCAGAAGGCGCCAUGGUCUUUUAUGCUGAAGCGGCGCGCUACGACGAGGCAACUCCUCGGCAACGCUUUGCGCUCAAGGUGGCAUUCAAUGUCACGGGUGGUAAUGGCAGCACAGGCGGCGCCUUCAUGGAGUCGUUCCGCCGUGAGGCCGUCUUCUACAAUGACCAUCUCGUCAAGUUGCAGGGCAUUGCUGUGCCGAAGCAUUAUGGCGUUUGGGUCGGUCGAACUCCUUGGGACACUACUAUCGCCUGCGCUAUCAUGGAAUGGGGCGGUCAUCCAUUUGAUGAGAGGAUUGUUGACGCAAAGAUCGCCAAGCCGGAGAGGAGCGGAAAAAUCAUGGAAUCCAUCAAGGCUAUCCACGACGCAGGUAUCCAGCACGGCGACCUUAUAGACGACACCUUUCGACACAUCCUAUAUGACACCACUUGCGAAAAGGCCUUCAUUAUCGACUUCUCUACCGCCGAGAGACAUAAGUGCCCGCUGAUAAUGAGGAUGAGGCCAUAUACGACAACACCUUCUCGAGCCACGUUCGGCUGCGACGAGCUUUGGGAUGUCGCCACCAACGUAUCCUACUUUGGUAAUGGACCAUGUUCUGGCCCAGGGGCAGACCCGCUUGUCCUGCAAGCGAAUGCAUACUCCGAGCAUCGACAACAGCCGAUGCUCAAGGACACGCCUCCCGUCCUAGGCCAGAUGUUGCUCAUACUGACGGAUGAUAUCUCCUCUACGUAA